CAAGUUCAACUACGCCCCUAGGGUUUAUCUAGGGUUUCUUAUCUCUCUCAGUUCCUGUCUUGUAUUCCACCAAUGGCGAAGCCGACGAAAGGCCGUCGCUCGCCUUCUGUCUCCGGCUCUGGUUUUUCUUCCCGGUCUUGGUCACGAUCCCUCUCUUACUCCCGCUCAGAUUCCAAGUCCAGUUCUCGCUCUCGGUCUCGCUCCAGAUCUAUCUCAUCUUCCCCUCGCAGCGCCAGCUCUCGAAGUCGCAGCCCUCCUCAGCGCCGAAGUCAGGCUGAUGCAUCUAAGCUAGGUCGUUCCCCUCCUCCACAAUCUAAAAAGGCAUCUCCUGUUCCAAGGUAA